UCAGUACACUAUCUAUCUGGCCCCAAUUUGAAUUCAAAUUCUGGAAGCAUUCAUCUGACCAUUUUUCUCAUUUUUCAAAAACACACACUCUCUCUCUCUCUCUUUCUCCAUCCACACUCUCUGCGAAACCCUAGUCACCACUGUAUACGCUCGCACAACCACCUCUACUUCUCUCUCAAAUCAAUCAUUUAACGGCGUUAUCAUGACGGCGGUAACGCAGUCUGCCGGAAGAGAGCUCGAAAACCCGCCCAAAGACGGAAUAUCCAAUCUCCGUUUCUCCAAUCACAGUGAUCACCUUCUUGUUUCUUCUUGGGAUAAGACGGUUCGUUUAUAUGAUGCAAGUGCCAAUGCCUUGAGAGGAGAGUUCAUGCACGGAGGUGCAGUGCUUGAUUGUUGCUUCCAUGAUGACUCAUCUGGAUUCAGUGCUAGUGCGGAUAAUACCGUUAGAAGGCUUGUGUUCAAUUAUGGAAGAGAGGAUAUAUUGGGAAGGCAUGAUGCACCUGUUCGCUGCGUUGAAUACUCAUAUGCAACUGGACAAGUGAUAACUGGUAGCUGGGACAAAACAUUAAAAUGCUGGGAUCCUAGAGGUGCAAGUGGACAGGAACAUACUCUUGUUGGAACUUAUACACAACCAGAGCGUGUAUACUCUCUCUCCCUUGUUGGGAACCGUUUAGUAGUAGCAACUGCUGGAAGGCAUGUGAAUGUCUAUGACUUGCGGAACAUGUCUCAACCUGAACAACGGAGGGAAUCUUCCUUGAAGUAUCAAACUAGAUGUGUGCGGUGUUAUCCCAAUGGAACAGGCUAUGCUCUAAGUUCAGUUGAAGGUCGGGUCGCAAUGGAAUUUUUUGAUCUCUCUGAGGCCGGUCAGUCGAAGAAAUAUGCAUUUAAAUGUCAUCGGAAAUCUGAAGCUGGAAGGGAUAUCGUCUACCCUGUAAAUGCGAUUGCAUUUCACCCUAUCUAUGGUACUUUCGCCACUGGCGGUUGUGAUGGAUAUGUUAAUGUCUGGGAUGGUAACAACAAAAAGAGGUUAUAUCAGUACCCUAAAUAUCCUUCAAGCGUUGCAGCAUUGUCAUUUAGCAGAGAUGGUAGACUCUUGGCUGUAGCAUCAAGCUAUACAUUUGAAGAGGGAGAAAAGCCCCAUGAGCCAGAUGCCAUAUUUGUCCGCAGCGUAAAUGAAGUUGAAGUGAAGCCAAAGCCAAAAGUUUUGCCGAAUCCUAACACAUGAAAAGUAGAAGCUCCUCCUCAAUCCUUUCUAAUGGUGAACUUGUUAUCAUAUAUUGGCGAAAAAAAGCUUUAUCUACUUCGUGUCAGUUUGAAUUCCAGGACUCUAUUCUCUUGACUAGAAGUUCUAGCGAACACUUAAAAAUUUCUAAUUAUCCUCUUAGCUAUUGUACCAUUUUGAUGACAUUCUGCCGUCUCAUUCUCUAUAAGUAGAGCAGUAAUAGCAUAAUGGCCUUUGUUUC